UUUUCUCUCUUUCUCUCUCUAAAACAUUAAUUAUACUUUCUCUCUCUAGGAAAAAAAAGAAACUAUUGAUUGUGUCUCUUAUAUAAGUAGUCCCUUUCUCUUUCUCUUUCUCUGUCUAUAUUUAAUCUAAUUUUAUCAUUUGUUGGCGUGUGCGUGGUGGUGUCUCUUCUUUUCUUCUCUUUUCUCCCUUCCAUGCCCUAAUUUCUCAUGCCUCCCACUCGUCUUUCUCGUUUAAUCUCUUCAUUAUUUUAGAUUGUUGUUACACCAAUUUCACUUUCCUGUGAUUUUGAUCUCGAUUAUAGGAUUGGAUUUGAGGUUUGCAUUUGCUUAGAUUGCUUUCUUGGAUUCUUCUCAGAUCUUCUUCUCUAAUGCGUAGCAUGCUUGUGUCAGUUUUAUUUGUAAGUGCGACACAGAGUAUUAAGAGAUGAAGGAUAACGGUUCAACAACUAGUAAAAUGAUAAAUAGAAACUGGGUCUUGAAGCGCAAACGAAAAAAGAUUCUAUAUGGUCGGGUUCUUGCCAAUGGUAAAGAAGAGAAACUAGCACCCCUAGAAUCUCCUAGGAAUGCUUCUGCUGCUAAACGCAGGUCAAAAUGUGAAUUGGGCUCUGAUCUAUCUUCGUCCAAGAAAAAAGGAAAUGAUGGGUAUUAUUAUGAAUGUGUGAUCUGCGACCUUGGUGGAAAUUUGUUGUGUUGUGAUAGCUGUCCCCGGGUCUACCAUCUUCAGUGCCUUGAUCCGCCUCUUAAGCGCAUUCCAAUGGGAAAGUGGCAAUGCCCAAAAUGCUAUCAAAAAAGUGAUCCACUUAAGUCCAUUACCCAACUAGAUUCUAUUUCAAAGCGGGCAAGAACAAAAAUUAUUUCAACAAAUCCUAAGACUGGGGUUAGGUCUUGUGACACUGAAAAAGUAUCCCGGCUUUUUGGAAGCUCCAUUCUCUCCAAACGAAGGUCCUCGAGCAAAGGGAAAUCUGUGUUAACUUUAGGAGUUAAAUCUGAUGAAAAGGAAACAGCUUCUUCCUUGGAUGUAUCCAGUAACAUCAAGCCAAAUCAUCAGUUCCUUGGUGGUUCUAUAGAGGCCACCUCAUCGUGUGUACAUGAUGAUGAUUUAAAGAAACCUGUUGCAUCUCCACCUCCUGACUCGCCAGAAAAGAAAUCCAUUUCUCUCACUGAGGAAACUUUGACAUAUUCUAAACUUACAAAAUCAGAGCCAAAUGAUGAAACAUCUGAUGGGAAGCAUGACUCAUCUUGUAACAAUGGGUCUCCAAGGAAAAAAAUUGUUCUUGCAAUCGGUGCUGUCAGUGAGAAAGAUAGAAAAAGAAAACAUGAAGGCAACAAUGAAGAUAGUGUAAAGAAGCAAAGGACUGACAAGGGAAAACUGACGUCUAAGAAACGUAGGUCGAAAGCCAAUAUUACAAUUUCUGCAAGUAAUAAACUGCAACAAAAACAGAAAACUGUUAAUCAUGGGGUUUCUGCAUCUUUUUCAAAGAAUGUUGUUGAAGUGAAGAAUAUAGAGGUUCAGGGAAAGAACGAGAAGCUUCCUGAGGAACUUGUUCCUCCGUCAAGUGAGUCAGGUAAAGCUGGGGGUCAUAUGGAUGAAACACGAAUGCGUGAAGAUCUUGUCCUAGAACUACAACAGGUCGAUCGGGUCUUGGGAUGUCGAAUUCAAGGUGAUAAUGCAGGUUCUUCAAGUAAUUUAUCUUUGAUUGCCACAGAUGUUCUGCCUCCUGAUGAAUUGCUUAUUCCAGAAACCCAAAUUAGAGAGGAAAAUACUAGUUAUGAUAUUGACUCAGGUAUAGCACUUACUGAAAAUCUUGUUGAGGGUGGUCCUGGCAGCACUCAAAUUUUUGACAAGGGAGAAAGCCUUAAGAAUGAAAUCAGUGAGGACAAAAUACAUGUAUAUAAAAGAUCUGCUAGUAAAGAUUGUACAGGAGGGAAUGCCAGGGAUUUGGUGGGGGAAGAAGACAGGGAUUCUGGUUUUGAAGGCAUAAAUGGUAAAGGUGGAGAUGAAUUCCAAGUUACUAUUGAAGAUUCUAUAAAGCAACCUGAAAAGGUGCUGACCGAGGAGAAAUUUGAUAUUUGUUUGAAAAGCCAGGAUAUCGGUGAGCUAUCCAAAGUUAGUGAGCUGCACUUGUCUCCUGAAACCAGAGUCAGUAAAGAAGCAGAUAUGGAAAUUAAAAUUAGUUGUGUUCAAAAUAAAGUUCAGGAACCCACUAUGAUAGGAUCUGCAUGUGCUAAUAGCGAUUUAACAUAUGAAUUCCUAGUUAAAUGGGUAGGGAAGUCUCAUAUACAUAAUAGUUGGAUUUCAGAAUCUCAGCUGAAAGUUCUUGCAAAGAGAAAACUAGAUAAUUACAAGGCAAAGUAUGGAACAGCUGUUAUAAAUAUAUGCGAGGACAAGUGGAAGCAGCCUCAGCGUGUAAUUGCUGUCCGUGCUUCUAGGGAUGGUACACGGGAAGCUUUUGUGAAAUGGACUGGUCUUCCUUAUGAUGAAUGCACUUGGGAAAGGCUGGAUGAACCUCUUAUGUUAAAAUCUUCACAUCUGGUUGAUCUUUUUGAUCAAUUAGAACAGCAGACAUUGGAAAAAGAUUCUAGAGGGGAAACUCCAAUCAUAAAGGGGAGGGGUGACGGUCAGCAAAAUGAGAUUGGUACUCUAACAGAGCAACCAAAGGAACUGAAAGGAGGUAGCUUGUUUCCCCAUCAGCUUGAGGCAUUGAAUUGGUUGCGUAGAUGCUGGCACAAAUCAAAAAAUGUGAUUCUUGCUGAUGAAAUGGGGCUUGGGAAAACGGUAUCUGCUUGCGCGUUUCUUUCAUCACUAUAUUUUGAGUUCAGAGCUUCUUUGCCUUGCUUGGUCUUAGUUCCACUUUCCACAAUGCCUAACUGGCUUGCUGAGUUUGCAUUAUGGGCUCCUAACCUAAAUGUUGUGGAAUAUCAUGGGUGUGCAAAAGCAAGAGCCAUAAUUCGUCAAUAUGAGUGGCAUGCUAGUGAUCCAAAGAAGACAAAUCAGAAAACUGCUUCAUAUAAAUUUAAUGUUCUUUUAACUACUUAUGAAAUGGUUCUUGCUGACUCCUCCCACUUGCGUGGGGUUCCUUGGGAAGUUCUUGUGGUUGAUGAGGGCCAUCGUUUAAAGAACUCAGGAAGUAAGCUGUUCAGCUUGCUUAAUACAUUCUCUUUCCAACACCGUGUUCUCUUGACUGGUACCCCUCUUCAAAAUAACAUUGGUGAGAUGUAUAAUUUGCUUAAUUUCCUGCAGCCAGCCUCAUUCCCUUCUCUAUCUUCAUUUGAGGAGAAAUUUAAUGACCUUACAACUGCGGAAAAAGUGGAGGAAUUGAAAAAACUUGUUGCUCCUCAUAUGCUUCGACGGCUUAAAAAGGACGCAAUGCAAAAUAUUCCUCCUAAGACAGAACGAAUGGUUCCUGUUGAGUUGACUUCUAUCCAGGCUGAAUACUACCGUGCAAUGCUAACAAAGAACUAUCAGAUAUUACGGAAUAUCGGAAAAGGGGUCCCACAGCAAUCCAUGCUGAAUAUUGUAAUGCAGUUGAGAAAGAUUUGCAAUCAUCCAUAUCUUAUACCAGGUACAGAGCCUGAUUCUGGGUCAGUAGAAUUCCUCCAUGAAAUGAGAAUAAAAGCAUCAGCGAAGCUCACUGUUCUGCAUUCCAUGCUAAAAGCUUUAUAUAAGGAAGGCCAUAGAGUCCUUAUUUUCUCUCAGAUGACCAAGCUUCUGGAUGUUCUUGAGGAUUAUUUGACUAUAGAGUUUGGGCCUAAAACAUAUGAGAGAGUGGAUGGAUCUGUAUCAGUAUCUGAUCGUCAGGCAUCGAUUUCCCGUUUCAACCAGGAUAAAAGCAGAUUUGUGUUCUUGUUAUCAACACGCUCUUGUGGCCUUGGAAUCAACCUGGCAACAGCUGACACUGUUGUUAUUUAUGAUUCUGAUUUCAAUCCACAUGCUGAUAUACAAGCAAUGAAUCGAGCACAUCGAAUUGGACAGUCAAAUAGACUGUUGGUGUACAGGCUUGUUGUUCGUGCGAGUGUUGAAGAGCGCAUCUUGCAGCUUGCUAAAAAGAAACUGAUGCUUGACCAGCUAUUUGUAAAUAAGUCUGGAUCUCAGAAAGAAGUGGAAGAUAUUCUCCGAUGGGGAACAGAGGAACUUUUUAGUGAUCCUUCUAGAACCAAUGGAAAAGAUGCUGGUGAAAAUAAUAGCAGCAAAGAUGAGGCAGUAAUUGAUAUAGAGCAAAAACAGAGGAAAAGGGGCGGUGGCCUUGGGGAUGUUUACAAGGAUAAAUGUACAGAUGGCGGCAACACCAUUGUCUGGGACGAAAAUGCAAUUGCGAAAUUGCUUGACCGUUCAAACCUUCAGGCUGGGACUGCUGAUGUUGCUGAAGUGGAUUUUGAAAAUGACAUGCUUGGCUCUGUAAAGUCUCUGGAAUGGAACGAUGAAACAACUGAAGAGCAAGUGGGAGCUGAAUCGCCUCCUGUUGUUGCUGAUGAAAUUUGUGGACAAAAUUCUGAUAGGAAAGAGGAUAAUGUGGUCACAAUUGCUGAAGAAAAUGAAUGGGACAGGCUUUUGCGCUCAAGAUGGGAGAAAUAUCGAAAUGAGGAGGAGGCAGCUCUUGGUCGAGGGAAGCGCCAGAGGAAGACUGUUUCUUACAGGGAAGCUUAUGCGCCACAUCUGAGUGAAACAUUAAGCGAGAGUGGUGGUGAAGAAGAACGGGAGCCAGAGACAGAGCCAGAGCGCGAAUAUACACCAGCUGGACGAGCUCUGAAAGCAAAGUAUGCUAAGCUUCGUGCUAGACAAAAAGAUCGCCUGGCUCAGCGUAGUGCAAUUGAAGAAUCCCGCCCAAAUGAGGGACUUCUUGUACCUGAAUUUUUCCAGCUUCAUAAUCUAUCCACUAAUGAGAGGGACAAGGAUCAAGCAAUGGAGUUAGUUCAACAAGUCAGAGAGAAGUCUUCAGUAAAUGAGGUGGAGGAUAAUCCAUUAGAUACACCGAAGAGCAAGGCUGAUUCAACUUUGAGGCUGGGUCGGGUAUCAAAGCUUAAAAUAAGCAGUCAUUUGGAUCUUUCUGUUAAUUCUAUUGACCACCCUUCUUCCGACAUCAUUCCAGAUCAACAAAAUCAGGGUGCUGGCCAUAUUAAUUACAAUUUGUUACCAGUUCUUGGACUAUGUGCUCCCAAUGCUAAUCAGUUAGAAUCAUCACACAGAAACUCUUCAAGAUCCGCUAAUAGACAAAGCAAGCUAGCACUUGGACCAGAGUUUCCUUUUAGUCUACCUCCUUCUGGAAAUUUGGUUGAGACUGAUGUAAGACGUCAGGAUAUUACCCCUCUCAAACCAAGAUUACAAAAUGCAUCCACAGAACUUUUACAACAGCAUCUUAAAAGUAGUUUGUCAGAUGAUUGGCUCCCAUUUAAUCAGUGUCCUCUGCCUGUCCCACGAGGGAAGAGUUCUGAUCAUUUCGAGAGUUCCAAUUCUAGCUUUGCUGAUUUCCAGGAAAAAAUGUCACUACCAAGAAUACCUUUUGAUGAAAAAUUGUUGCCUAGACUUUCAGUUCCUGCUAAGAGCAUGCCAACUCCACAGCAUGACUUAUUACCUAGCUUAUCACUUGGUGGCAGACUUGAAGCUUUAAAUGACUCUAUGCGGGAUAUUUCAGCAAUGCCGGUGUUACCCAAUCUAAAAUUUCCCUCUCAAGAUGCACCGAGAUAUAAUCAGCUAGAAAAGGAGAUUUCUCCCAUGCUGGGUUUGGGUCAGAUGCCAUCUACCUUUACGUCAUUUCCCGAAAACCACAGGAAGGUGCUUGAAAACAUAAUGAUGAGGACUGGGUCUGGAUCAAACAACUUGUACAGAAAAAAAUCAAGAACAGAUGGUUGGUCUGAAGAUGAGCUUGAUUUCCUCUGGAUUGGUGUUCGUAGACACGGAAGGGGUAAUUGGGAUGCCAUGCUUAGAGACCCCAGGUUAAAAUUCUCCAAGUACAAAAGUUCAGAUGAUUUGGCAGCUAGAUGGGAGGAGGAACAAAUGAAGAUAUUGGAUGGACCACCCUUACCAGGGUCAAAGACAAUAAAGUUAUCGAAGUCCUCCAAACCCUCCUUGUUUCCAAGUAUUCCUGAGGGAAUGAUGGCGCGGGCCUUGCAUGGUAGUAGACUUGUUGCACCACCAAAGUUUCAUCAGGCCCAUCUGACAGACAUGAAACUGGGCUUUGGUGAUCUGCCUCCGAGUCUGCCACAUUUUGAGGUGCCAGAUCAAAUUGGCUUUCAGAAUGAGCAUUUUGGGUCUAUGCCAACUUGGAAUCCUGAAAGAUUUCGCAGAAAUUUCACUGGGGAUUCUUCUGCUGGACCCUCUACUUCAAAUAGUGAAAUGCCAUUUCUACUCAAUUCUCUGGGAUCAAGCAACUUGGGCUCUUUGGGUUUUAAUAGCUUUAGUAGCUUUGAUUCACACCAUAGAGAGGAUGAACAUAACGCCACGAAGUAUGGGAAGUUGCCCAGUCUUCUGGAUAGAUCAUUAAAUUUAGCAUGUGAUUCACAGAAUAAUGUUGGAAAUGGUGAAUCCAGUGGUUCUGCUUUGUUUCCAGACCCAAAUAAAAGGCUAAAUAAUUCCCAUUCAAAGGGAAAAGAAGUAGUUGAAAGCAGUUCUUCAAAGAACAAGCUACCUCAUUGGCUUAGGGAAGCUGUAAGUUCUCCUGCUAAACCACCAGAACCUGAUCUGCCACCCACUGUAUCAGCAAUUGCACAAUCAGUGCGUGUACUAUAUGGAGAAAAUAAGCCUACAAUUCCUCCUUUUGUUAUUCCGGGUCCACCUCCUUCUCAACCAAAGGAUCCAAGACGGAUUCUGAGGAAGAAAAAGAAGCGGAGAUCACACAUGUUCAGGCAGUUCCCACUAGACACUGCAGGCAGCAUGCAGAAUUUUAGAAGCAGCAUUCUAGGCAGCAAUAUUGCUUCAUCCUCUAUCCCACCAGCCCCAACAUUUCAACCGCUUCAACUUUUACCUCCUGGAACUUCAGGUCAUACACGGAACGACUCUGAUCCCAAUGAACACUUCCGUAAUUUGGACAUGAUAAACUCAUUGACAUCGUCUUAUUCAAAAUUACCGAAGAAAACAAGCAUGGGAUUGUCCCCUUCUCCUGAGGUGCUUCAAUUGGUGGCAGCAUGUGUUGCUCCAGGCCCACACUUGUCAUCUAGUUCGGGCAUGACUAGCUCAAGCUUCCUUGAGAGCAAGCUGCCCUUGCCAAAAUCUGUCGACGAAGUUGGGGUUUCAGAUGCACAAGGUGCUGAAGAGAAAGACAAGGAUAUGCAAGGGUUGCCUCCUGAUACACAGAUCAUACUUCCAGAAGAGAAACCAGGCCAACCUGACGACGGCGAUUCUAGCAAGAGUGGGACAAAUAAUUCUCAGACUGAAAAGCCCGAUGUAGAGGAGAUAUCGUCUGAGGGAACUGUAUCCGAUCAUCUUGUGAGCGAGCAUGAACAAUAGCUAAUAGUAUGACAAUGAAAUAUGUUACAUUAUUAUUCUUUCAGGCUAUUGGAUUUCCAGGCUUCUCAGUUAAGCGCCCAAAUUUUUGUAGGCAUGACGCAAUGAGUGAUGAUAGCGUAUAUAAGGAUCAUGUAGGACAUCCUGUGUAAAGUUAUUGUAAUUGAAAAUGAAAUGCAUAGUGUUCUCUUGCUUAA